GCCCGUUUCCUGGCGUUUUUUCUCGUCUUUCUUCUUUUUGCCGUGGCCGCUCUGCGCGGAGGGCGGAUGGUUCGGCCGCAACAUGGCGGCCACCAUGAAGAAGGCGGCUGCAGAAGAUGUCAAUGUCACCUUUGAAGAUCAACAGAAAAUUAACAAGUUUGCAAGAAACACCAGCAGGAUCACAGAGCUGAAAGAAGAAAUAGAAGUGAAAAAGAAGCAGCUGCAGAACCUGGAGGAUGCCUGUGAUGACAUCAUGCUGCUGGAUGAUGCUGAUUCCCAGCUGAUCCCCUACCAGAUUGGGGAUGUCUUCAUCAGUCAUUCCCUGGAGGAGACCCAGCAGAUGCUGGAGGAGGCAAAGAGGAGUUUACAAGAGGAAAUUGAAGCCCUGGAAUCCCGAGUGGAGUCCAUCCAGAGGGUGUUGUCUGACCUCAAAGUUCAGCUCUAUGCAAAGUUUGGGAAUAACAUAAAUCUGGAGGCUGAGGACAGUUAAAGCUUUUCUAAACACAACACCCAACUUUUCCUUAGGUUAUUAAAUGUUUUGAUAACACUGCUGCAAUUACAUUUGAGAAAAGAAAAUCCAUCCCUUUCUUUUUGUUGGUUUGGUGUUGGUUUUUUUUUUUUUUUUACUUUCCUGUCAAGUUCUGUAUAUAUAAGAACUUUCUUAUUUUGGUAUUGCAGUUAUUUAUUUAUUCAGGACAACAGUGACUUCACAUGGUUGGUAAAACAUCAAGAUUGGAAUAUUUGCAUUGUUUAUUAAGGCAAUAAAGCCAGGCAUGUAUUGGA